AUGUUUAACAAUAUCAAGACCAAGGCACUUCUUGUGGCCUGUUUGGUCUUUUCGGGUACAGCAUUGCCCAAUGGCAAUGAGAAACGUCACUGGGUAGGAUCAUGGGCGUCUAUGCCUCAAGAGGUUGAGCCUGCGAACUUGGCCCCGGCACCGUUUGUAUACCGAUUUACCCAGGGUGGCGUAGAUGCUGCAGCUCAAUUCGAAAACACCACAUUACGCCAAACCUUCCACAUGUCCAUUGGAGCAGAGAAAAUUCGCAUUCGCUUCUCCAACAUUUUUGGCAAAACAGACCUACCAAUUACUGCUGCAUCUAUCGCUCUUCCAGUGGGUGGAAAGGCCGGCAUUGGUCAGAUCGACACCAAAACAACGAAACAGGUAAAGUUCAAGGGCAAGAAGUCUGUCUCGGUUCCAGCAGGACAAAUCGUCUACUCCGACCCUAUCGACUUUAAGCUCAAGGCUCUUUCUAACCUUGCACUCUCUGUUUACACCGAAAAAGGCCAACUGGGAAACAAGAUCACUGGUCAUCCUGGCAGUCGCACCACAUCCUGGAUGCAAAAGGGCAAUCAUGUCAAUGCAGCAUCUGUUUCUGAGGGAAGCACUAAUCAUUGGUACUUUGCGAAUGGUGUUGAUGCUUGGGUUCCUAAGGAUCAUUUUGCGGUCGUCCUUCUCGGUGAUAGUAUCACUGACGGACGUGGAAGCACUGAUGACACCAAUGAUCGAUGGUCUGAUGCUCUGGCUGCUCAUUUGCAAGCUUCGGGUCUAUCCAACGUUGCUGUCAACAACAUGGCAGCCGGUGGUAACGCCAUUCUCCAAGGCGGUCUUGGCCCUCCUCUUCUCCAGCGAUACAAGCGCGACGCCUUGGAGCAACCUGGCGCCAAAUUCGUAUUGAUUUUACAAGGUGUCAACGAUAUUGGUCCCUCCAGCCCCGAUGACGCAACCCAGAAGAAGAUCAAGGACGGCCUCAUCGCUGCCUACACUCAGAUCGUCAAGGACAGCAAGCAGAAGGGAAUGACCACCAUUGGAGCCACCAUCACCCAGAUGCUUGGAAAUCAGUACUAUGAUCCCAAGAGGGAGGUUACCAGGGUCGAAAUUAACGACUGGAUUUUGAACAAUAGCACGUUUGAUCACACGGUGGAUUUUGCGUCUCUGAUUGGAAAUGGAGAUAAACUUCUUCCACAGUUUGACUCUGGGGAUGGUCUGCAUCCUAACCCUGCUGCGUACAAAGUGAUGGGUACAGAGUUCCCCAUCAACAUCUUUAAGAAGUGA